CCCAGAUGUUAGCUCUACAACCAUGAACGAGAUUCCCGCCCAAGACCCUUUUUACACUUAAGAAGAGAAUAUUUUAAGUCUACUUGCAGAAUGGCGGUUCUCAACCCGCUUUCAGGGGAUGGAGAAGCUCCCCAACAGUACAAGCAGCCCUCGAGGAAAGGCAAGAAGGCAUGGAGGAAGAACGUCGAUGUCAGCGAUAUCCAGAAAGGCCUGGAUGCUUUGAAUGAAGAAAUUAUUCGGGGAGGUGUUAUCGCCGAAAAAGCAUCCGCCGAUCUCUUCACCAUCGACACAGUAGGCGACGCGAGUGUCACCAAGAAGCGCACCACCAAAGCCCUCCGCUCCGACGAGAUCAUCGCUCAACGCUCUGCCGUCUCGGCUGUCCCACUCCGAAAACGGCCGGCCAAGACAUCAGACGGGCUUCUUCCCGUAAAACGCCAGCGCAAAGAUUGGGUGUCUCACGCCGAACUCGCCCGCCUCCGCAAGGUCGCCGACGGCGAACACGACUCUCCCAUCACCGUCAAGGACGCCAGCUACGACAUUUGGGCCACCCCUGCUCCCGACGCAGCUCCCGUGGUGAAGGCGGCCGUGCCCGAGGAGCACAACUUCAUCCCCGCCGAGGUGAAGCCGAAACCACCCAAGACUCUGCGCCAUAAGCCCAUCUCUCUGGCCGCGAGCGGUAAAUCCGUCCCCGCGGUGGCCAAGCCCACGGGAAGCUACAGCUACAAUCCACUAUUCGACGACUACGCCGCCCGUCUGCAAGCGGAAUCCGACAAAGCCGUGGAGGAGGAGCAGAAGCGCCUGGCGCACGAGGAAGCCGACCGCCUCAAGGCCGAGGCCACAGCACGGUCCGCUGCGGAGGCAGAUGCGGCCGAAGCGCGCGCCGAGAUGUCCGAGUGGGACGAAGAUUCGGCGUGGGAAGGAUUCGAGACGGAAGCCGACGACGACGAGGAAGGGAACGGUAAGGUCUCCGCGCGGAAGAUCGCGAAGCGGAAGACCACGGUUCAGCGGAAUCGGACCAAGCGCCGCAAGGCGGAUGAGGGACGGCUGAAGCACAUGGCUGCGAUGAAGAAGCGCGACGAACAAGUCAAGCGGAUCCGAGAGAUCGCCGCCGAGGUGGCGGAGCGCGAGGCCCAUCGCGCUGCCCUCGUGCAGGCCAAGUCGGCCGCUGGGAGCGACGAGAGCGAGGAGGAUGUCGGAGCGAGCGAGGUACAGCUGCGUCGUAAGAAGCUGGGCCGCGCCAAGCUGCCCGAGGGCGAUCUGGAGCUGGUCCUCCCCGAUGAGCUGGAGGAUUCGCUGCGUCGGUUGCGACCCGAGGGAAAUCUUCUCAAAGACCGGUACCGGAGUCUCCUGGUCCGUGGUCGCUUGGAACACAGGCGGCGCCUCCCCUUCAAGAAAAUGGCCAACGUCAGGUGGACCGAAAAGUGGUCAUUCAAGGACUUCAGGAUAUAAAUGGAGUAAAAAGACGAUCUAUUCACUCUCGCUUACGCUUGGCUUGCACUUAUGCGAUGUUGCCGCAUGCCUACAUAAUGAAAAGGGACAGACAACGACACGAAUCCCAGACCACGGGGAUGCUAUUAUAUGUUCAUGAUCAUAAACGACCUUUCCUGGUGUUCUUCAGAUUUACUCUCUUAAACUUCUAAAAUCAAUGCGUGCCAGGUAGCAGCACAUUGCAGCGCCGCUUCGAAUCCGUGGAAGCUGUGCCGAGUUAAAAGCUCACCAUGUCUGCAGAUUUUCAAGUCAGUGGCUUAAUCGGUGGAGGACGUUGACGGCGAUCUUGGUUUGUAUGUAAGAUAGACUCACCUCUUCCGAACAUACCCCGCUUCAUCCAGUC